AUGAGUAAGGGUGUUGAAAUGCUGGCUACAACAGUUGAAGCCACAGAAGGCAUUGCUACUAUAGGAAGUAAUCUUGAUAUUGUCAAAGAUACGUUGUGUGCUGUAGGUGCCAUUGGAGAGGCUGUAAAACCUUUUGUGCCAUUGAUUGCAUCUGUAACUUUCGUGAUUGAGGAAAUUAUUAAAAUCUAUGAAACUGUCCAGUAUAACAAGAAGAUCUGCAAUUCACUUAUGGAUCGUGUGGAUGCUGCCGGGACAGCCAUCAGAACUUUAAAAAGAAGACAAACUGAAAAUAAAAAUCUUCGUAAUCAGGAAUAUUAUAAUUCAUUUAUUCGUUUCGUUGAAAUCAUGAAACGAAUUAAAAAUUUUAUCGGUGAUGUAUCAAACUUAAAUAGAUACCAAAAAUUCGUACAUUCCGGUUCAGUAAAAGAUAGAUUUGAUUCACUUGCUAAAGGUUUUGAUGAAGUAAUGACUGAAUUGCAUUUUACAAUGGCCGUUGCCAAUGAAGAACAAAGAAGGAUAGAUCAAAUUGCUCUUGAAUCUGAUAAUGCAGAAAUGACUAAGUUUUUGGAAAGAAUAGAAGGUGGCAUAAUUGACCAAAAUCAAAAAAUCAAUACUGUUCUCCAAGAGGUGUCAUUAAUGAAAGAAAAAUUGGAUCAUCUAGAUAGUUCAGAUAAUAAUAUUAAAAAUAUUAAAGCAGAUGAAAUAAAAUCAACUGAUUUGAUGGAUCCUAACGUGUCAAAACUAACGGAUCGCCGAGGAAAAAAUCGUCAGGUUAUCAAAAAAAUGUAUAAAAGUAUUGAGGUUGCCUGCAAGCCAAUAGAUCUUCAAAAUAGUAAAGAAGCUGCAAAAAUUCAAGGACAUCUGGCUAUAUUAGGAAAAUUAUACGAAUCACCCAACAUUAUCAGAUUUUAUGGUCUUUCAAAUACAGAAAACUUAUACGUUAUGGUAUUUGAAUGGGCAGAAUAUGGCUCUCUCAGAGACUUGUAUUGUAAAUAUGACAUUGCAUGGCAUGUAAAAGUACAAAUAGCGCUUGCUAUUUGUCGUGGCCUUACAUUUUUACAUUCUUGUGACAUUCUUCAUCAUGAUAUUCGAUGUGCUCAUAUAUUGAUGGAUGAGGGCUUGAUACCAAAAAUUGCAAAAUUUAAUUAUUCCCGUACGACAUCUGGUCCAACCAGUGAUAUGAAGGAUGUAACAGGUAUUACGCAUUGGAUGGCACCCGAAAAAUUGCGUGAUUCUGUAAAAAAACCUGUUCCUUAUACUAUCAAAUGCGAGAUUUUCAGUUUUGGUAUGUUACUCUGGGAACUGGUUUUCGAAAAAAUUCCAUACGAAAAAUGGGAUAUAUUGAAGAUUAAAGAACACGUAUUAGCUGGUAAAAGAGAAAAAAUCACAUGGGGAAAGGCUCCACCAGAUGUUCGAGAACUUCAAAAAAACAUGGCGAAAAUCAUUGUGUCUGCCUGGGAAGGCGACCUAGCAAUUCGAGCAUCUCUUCAAGAUAUUUUUAUGAGAUUGGAUAAACUAGCUGGUAAAUAUUGCACCGGCAAAGAAACUGAAGCUAAACUUUUACCUGAUAAGGCAUUAGAUUUAGAUGGAUCUGCAGUUUCCAUUAGUGAUGAAGGUGGUUUUUAUUUACCGGAUAUGUAUAUGGAUGAUUUUAAUAUUGAUGAAAUAGCACAAGUAAUUCCUCUCGAAGAAGGUAUUGCAGCACAUAGGAAAAAAGAACAUACAAAAGCUUGGGAAUGUUUUUCAGCGCAUGCAGAGUUAGGAAAUGCAACUGCAAAAUAUUGGAAAGGAUAUUACUUUUGGGAAGGAAUUGAAGUUGAGAAAGAUCGUAAAAAGGCUAGUGAGUUGUUUAAAGAAGCAGCUGAUGAUGCUGAUGAUGAAAUCCCAGAUGCUCAAUUACGUUACGCAAUUUCAUUAGUUAAUAAUCCACCAGUAAAAUUUGAUCGUAAAAUCUUUUUAGAAUAUCUAACCAAAGCUGCAGAUAAUAAUAAUCCCACUGCACAAUUUAACUUGGGAGAGGUGUAUAUUUAUGGUAAACUUAAUCAAAAAAAGGAUGAAGAACUAGGUAAAAAAUAUUUAAGAUUGGCAGCUCUCAAUGAUCAACCCAAAGCUAAAGAGCUUUUACAAAAAUUGGGGAUUAAUGAGUACUGA